UAGAAAUUUAUUUGCUCAACUCGAAGUUUUGGAGAACGAGGGAGACUUUCAAGAGCUAUCAGCUCCUAAGUAAUUUGGUUAGUUAAUUGUAAUGGCUUCAUCUAGUGGUGGUGUGCCUCCAGGAUUCCGAUUCCACCCGACGGACGAAGAGCUGCUUCACUACUACCUGAAGAAGAAGAUAUCGUUUCAGAAGUUUGAUAUGGAUGUCAUUAGAGAGGUGGACUUGAAUAAGAUGGAGCCUUGGGACUUGCAAGAGAGAUGUAAGAUUGGGUCGACGCCGCAAAACGAGUGGUACUUCUUCAGCCACAAGGACAGGAAGUACCCGACAGGAUCAAGGACGAAUAGAGCAACAAAUGCUGGGUUCUGGAAGGCAACAGGGAGGGACAAGUGCAUUAGGAACACCUACAAGAAGAUUGGGAUGAGGAAAACGCUUGUCUUCUACAGAGGGAGAGCUCCCCAUGGCCACAAGACUGACUGGAUCAUGCAUGAGUACCGCCUAGAAGAUGGCGAUGAUCCUCAAGGAAACUCCACUGAAGAUGGCUGGGUGAUUUGUAGGGUGUUCAAGAAGAAGAAUCUGUUCAAAGUUGGAAAUGAAGGAGGGUCUAGCAUAAACUCGGAUCAACAGCUCAGCAACACAUUAAACGCUAGUCAAGCUCGCACAUUCAUGCACAGGGACAACCAAUACCUACCACGUCAACACCACAACAAUGGCGGCAACCAAGCAACCUUUGAGCCUGAGCUAGCACUCCACCACUACUCCCACAUGCCUGCAGCUUCUCAAUACUCGCUUUUCCAAUCCCAACUGCUUCUUCCGACCCACAAGCCCCUCGGCUACGACUACUCAACCGGCCUCCCUUCCGAGCCACCACCCAUCAUGGUCAAGCAGCUCAUGUCAAACCCAAGAGACUGUGAGAGUGGCAGUGAAAACCUCCAGUACCAGGCUUGUGAGCCGGGCUUAGAGGUGGGCACGUGUGAGUCGGCUCAACAAAUGGUAACGGGGAGAGAUGAAGGCAUGAAUGAAUGGGUUAUGCUUAAUCGGCUUGUCACUUCUCAGCUUGGAAAUGAAGACUCGUCCAAAGGGAUGAGGUUCGAGGAUGCAAACACAUCGUCUGUGCCCCAAAUUAAUCAGCUCUCACUGCGCGGGGAGAUGGACUUUUGGGGCUAUGGGAAAUAGUGAAAAUCCAGCUGACCAUAGGCUAUAAAAAUUUGAAAAAGAAAAUCUAAGUUAAUAGUGAUUAAUAUAUAUUGGUUUGAUUUCCUUCUCUUAUAUUUUUACUCAUUUAUUUGAACAUUAUCCCAUUGUUUUAUGAACAUUUUUUUUAACACUGAACUUGAUUGAAAUGGUACGGUACAUGUAACUGUGU